GUUAGCUGAUAAGGUGAGUUUCAAGGUUAGCUCAGGUAAGUUGACUUAUGCAGAUUCUAAUUCUAAAUAAAUUAGAUUUUUAUAAUUUUCUAAUUCUAAUUAUAAAUAAAUUAGAUUUUUAUAAUUUUGAACUGCUUAUAUGUUGAACUUAUGUCAGAUUUCGUACUGGUCCAUAUCCAUAUCUUAUAGGAAGGUGACCCUGAAGAGCUCGGAUGGCAAAGAGUUCGUGAUCGAUGAGGCGGUGGCCCUCGAAUCGCAGACAAUCAAGGACAUGAUCGAGGAUUACUGCACGGACAACAGCAUCCUCCUCCUCAACGUCACUAGCAAGAUCCUCUCCAAGGUCAUUGAGUACUGCAAGAAGCACGUUGAGGCGGAUGCCAGCAAUGACCACUCCAGCGACGAGGAGCUCAAGGCCUGGGAUGCGGAUUUCAUCAAGGUCGAUCAGGCGACCCUCUUUGAUCUUAUCAAGGCAGCGAAAUAUUUGAACAUUCAGAGGUUGCUCCACCUGACUUGCAGGACAUUGGCUGACCUGAUGAAGGGAAAGACUCCUGAGGAGAUCCGCCGGACAUUCAACAUAAAGAAUGAUUUCACCCCUGAGGAAGAGAGCCAAUGGGCUUUUGAGUAA